AAGAUGAAGUGCUGCAGCAAAUUGCUAGUGUUGCUGUGGAUACUGGAAGCACCUUGGCUACCGUUCCUAUCACAUCAGUAUCGGUUCCGCAAGCACCGCCUGCCAAGCCUGUUCCAGGAUCAGAUGAAUGGCACAAAAUGCGCCGCGAUAACCACAAGGAAGUAGAGCGUAGACGCCGAGAAACUAUUAACGAGGGCAUCAAUGAAAUCGCCAAGGCAGUGCCUAACUGCGAUAAAAAUAAGGGUUCAAUUCUGAGACAGGCGGUCAAGUAUAUUCAAACGAUCCUUGCAGAGAAUGAACGCCUUGCUGCAGAGAAGGAGCUGUUGGAUGCAACUAGGGCGGAGAUGAACGGUUACAUUUUAGAGAAAAGCGUCUCGGAAGCGACUUUUGAAGGCCUCAGUAAGGAACAUGAGAGACUUAAGAAGGAAUAUGAGGAUCUCCGUAAAAAGAUGGAUGAGCUGGAGCCCCAUGCAGCCAAGAAGCAGCGCACGGAAUGAGCUAUGCGAAGUAUUAUGAUCGUGCUGUCUCCGUUAUUACUGCCCCAUAUAAUAAUUUUUUUUUUUGUAGCCUUUCUAUUCGGUUUGUUUCUGCAUACUAUCACACAUCCAUGGGUCGUCAGCACAAUACGACAGCAACAUCAAAUAUAUUUACUCCUCCUUCUCUAGAUAGUACUGUAAAGGACAUAAAAAUAAAAGGUGUCACAUAUUUUUGGGAAGCAAAGGGACUAUGGUAUUAAUAAAGCAAUUUGAGCAGCA